UAAUAGAAAAAUUAUUGUUGCAAGGUUUUUAACCUUACUUUUUUGUAAUUUUAUUAAUUUAAUUCAUUUGAUUUGAUCAUAUUUUGAUCAAGGGACGAUUUUUUAUUUACUGCUUACGUAGUUAUAUAUUAAGUUUAUUAAGUGUAUUUAUUAGCAGUCAUUUUGACGGUCCUCAUGAAUUCCGACCCAGGAAUAUUAUGCUUUCUGCAUUGCAGUUCUAAGUCAGUGUUUUGUAAAAAAGUACCAGAAAAAUGUCCUAUUUGCCAAGAAUUUCUAUCUACUUUUAUGUUGGAGCCAUUUCGUUUGCCUUAUCCAUUUGUUAAUGCUGCAGAUAAUCCAAAUACUAUUAUUAUCAUGCCGUCCCAAGGAGAUUUUCUGAAUAACUAUAAUGCUAGUAAUGAUUUACAUAUAGGUAUAGUUAAUUCCAAUGGAACUAUUUUUGAAUAUGAUAAAAAUGGACUUGUAAUUGAUGAUAAUUUGAAAUGGCAAUGCUGCUUAGCAUUUAAAAUAAUUUCAGAAUCAUGGGAAUCGCAUUGGGAUAAUGCUAUAGACAUAAUAUCCAAGGAUUCAAAAUGGAGCGUUACAAACUACAAUGAAAAUACUAAUAACUGUUUUAGCUUUGUUAUUGCAUUUUUGAAAAAAUUAGUCUAUAAGGAUUUUGAAUUUACAAAUAAGGAGGAUAUCUGUAAAAUGCUAAUACUACCAAAGAUUCAGGAUGCACUGAGAUACAUUUCUUUUUACAGGAAAUUAAAAGAGAGUGAUUAUUAUAUUCCAUAA